AAUUCCUGCUGAUCCUGACUGAAGGAGAAGCUGCAGCUACUCUGUCCGUUUCCUGUAUGACUUCAGCUACUGGCUAGUCCCAGCAGAGUGGGAAAAGCGGUUUUUUUUCCCCCUCAGUCUUCUUUUGGGCUGGCUAGUUUUUCAGGACUCAGUCUUGGACUGUGGGACAAGCCACUGGGUUCUUCAAGGGAUAAACCAGCGGAGAAAGAACACACCUUUGGUUAAAGGAGACGACAACAGGUGGGAAUGAGAUCUCGAAAUCAAGGUGGAGAAAGUUCAUCUAAUGGGCAUGUCUCCUGCCCCAAGCCCUCCAUCAUCAGCAGUGAUGGUGGUAAGGGACCCUCAGAAGAUGCAAAAAAGAACAAGGCAAAUCGGAAGGGGGAGGAUGAUGUCAUGGCUUCCGGAACCGUCAAACGCCACCUCAAGCCAUCAGGAGAGAGUGAGAAAAAGACUAAGAAGCCUCUGGAGUUAUCCAAGGAGGACCUCAUCCAGCUCCUGAGCAUCAUGGAAGGGGAGCUGCAGGCUCGAGAAGAUGUCAUCCACAUGCUGAAGACGGAGAAGACCAAGCCCGAGGUUCUGGAGGCGCAUUAUGGAUCUGCAGAACCAGAGAAAGUGCUUCGAGUCCUGCACCGCGAUGCCAUCCUUGCUCAGGAGAAGUCCAUAGGAGAAGAUGUCUAUGAGAAACCCAUCUCAGAGCUGGACAGACUGGAGGAAAAGCAGAAGGAGACAUACCGCCGCAUGCUGGAGCAGCUGCUGUUGGCUGAGAAGUGUCACAGGCGCACCGUGUACGAGCUGGAAAACGAGAAGCACAAGCACACCGACUACAUGAACAAGAGCGACGACUUCACCAACCUGCUGGAGCAGGAGCGAGAGAGGUUGAAAAAGCUCCUUGAGCAAGAAAAGGCUUACCAAGCCCGCAAAGAAAAGGAAAACGCCAAGCGGCUCAACAAACUUCGGGAUGAGCUUGUGAAACUCAAGUCCUUCGCACUCAUGCUGGUGGAUGAGAGGCAGAUGCACAUCGAGCAGCUGGGCCUGCAGAGUCAGAAAGUCCAGGACCUCACUCAGAAACUGAGAGAGGAGGAAGAAAAACUCAAAGCCAUCACUUACAAGUCCAAGGAAGACCGCCAGAAACUGCUCAAGUUGGAAGUGGACUUCGAACACAAGGCCUCGAGGUUUUCCCAGGAGCACGAAGAGAUGAACGCCAAGUUGGCUAACCAAGAGUCUCACAACAGGCAGCUUAGACUCAAACUGGUUGGCUUAUCGCAAAGGAUCGAGGAACUGGAAGAGACCAAUAAAAGUCUUCAGAAGGCCGAGGAAGAGCUUCAGGAGCUGAGAGAUAAAAUUGCCAAAGGGGAAUGUGGAAACUCCAGUCUCAUGGCGGAAGUGGAAAGUCUGCGCAAGCGCGUGCUUGAGAUGGAGGGCAAGGAUGAAGAGAUCACUAAGACCGAGGCCCAGUGCCGGGAGCUGAAGAAGAAGCUCCAAGAGGAAGAACACCACAGCAAGGAACUUAGACUAGAAGUGGAGAAGCUGCAGAAGAGGAUGUCUGAACUGGAGAAGCUGGAGGAGGCCUUCAGCCGCAGCAAGUCGGAAUGCACCCAGCUCCAUUUGAACCUGGAGAAGGAGAAGAACCUAACCAAAGACCUGCUGAACGAGCUGGAGGUGGUCAAGAGUCGGGUUAAAGAACUCGAGUGCUCGGAGAGCAGACUGGAGAAGGUUGAGUUAAGCCUCAAAGACGACCUCACGAAGCUGAAGUCCUUCACUGUGAUGCUGGUGGACGAGAGGAAAAACAUGAUGGAGAAAAUAAAGCAAGAAGAGAGGAAGGUGGAUGGGUUGAAUAAAAACUUCAAGGUGGAGCAGGGGAAGGUGAUGGAUGUGACGGAGAAGCUAAUCGAGGAAAGCAAGAAGCUUUUAAAACUCAAGUCUGAAAUGGAGGAAAAGGUGUAUAGUCUGACCAAGGAGAGGGAUGAGCUGAUGGGUAAACUGAGAAGCGAAGAAGAAAGGUCCUGUGAACUGAGCUGCAGCGUUGACUUGCUAAAGAAGCGGCUUGAUGGCAUAGAGGAGGUGGAGAGGGAAAUCAACCGAGGCAGGCUGUGCAAGGGGUCUGAGUUCACCUGCCCGGAAGACAAUAAAAUCAGGGAACUGACGCUUGAAAUCGAGAGACUGAAGAAGCGGCUCCAGCAGCUGGAGGUGGUGGAGGGGGACUUGAUGAAGACCGAGGACGAAUACGACCAGUUGGAGCAGAAAUUCAGAACCGAGCAGGAUAAGGCAAAUUUCCUCUCCCAGCAGCUCGAGGAAAUUAAGCACCAAAUGGCCAAGAACAAAGCCAUAGAGAAAGGGGAGGCUGUGAGCCAGGAAGCCGAGCUGCGACACAGGUUCCGGAUGGAGGAGGCUAAAAGUCGUGACUUACAGGCUGAGGUGCAGGCUCUUAAAGAGAAGAUCCACGAGCUGAUGAACAAGGAAGAUCAGCUCUCUCAGCUCCAGGUCGACUAUUCGGUCCUUCAGCAAAGGUUUAUGGAAGAAGAAACUAAGAACAAGAACAUGGGGAGGGAGGUCCUCAACCUGACCAAAGAGCUGGAGCUUUCCAAGCGCUACAGCCGAGCUCUCAGGCCGAGUGGAAAUGGCCGAAGGAUGGUGGACGUACCCGUGGCCUCCACUGGGGUGCAGACCGAGGCGGUGUGCGGGGAUGCUGCGGAGGAGGAGACCCCGGCUGUGUUCAUCCGCAAAUCCUUCCAGGAAGAAAAUCACAUCAUGAGUAAUCUUCGACAGGUAGGCCUGAAGAAACCCAUGGAACGGUCCUCGGUCCUCGACAGGUAUCCCCCAGCCGCCAAUGAACUCACCAUGAGGAAGUCUUGGAUUCCUUGGAUGAGAAAAAGAGAAAACGGACCCUCAGCUCCCCAGGAGAAAGGGCCCAGGCCAAACCAGGGUACAGGGCACCCUGGCGAGCUGGUCCUAGCACCCAAGCAGGGCCAGCCCUUGCACAUCCGUGUGACACCUGAUCACGAGAACAGCACUGCCACCCUGGAGAUCACAAGCCCCACAUCUGAAGAGUUUUUCUCGAGUACCACCGUCAUUCCUACCUUAGGCAACCAGAAACCACGGAUCACCAUAAUUCCAUCACCCAAUGUCAUGUCGCAAAAGCCCAAAAGUGCAGAUCCUACUCUCGGCCCAGAACGAGCCAUGUCCCCUGUCACGAUUACUACAAUUUCCAGAGAGAAGAGCCCAGAAGGUGGAAGGGGCGCGUUUGCAGACAGGCCUGCAUCCCCCAUCCAGAUAAUGACGGUGUCAACGUCUGCAGCGCCCCCUGAAAUCGCUGUCUCUCCUGACUCUCAGGAAGUGCCUAUGGGAAGGACUAUCCUCAAAGUUACCCCGGAAAAACAAACUGUUCCAACCCCCAUGCGGAAGUACAAUGCCAAUGCGAAUAUCAUCACCACGGAAGACAAUAAAAUUCACAUUCACCUGGGUUCUCAGUUUAAGCGAUCUCCCGGGCCUGCAGCAGCGGAAGGCGUGAGUCCAGUUAUCACGGUCCGGCCUGUCAACGUAACAGCCGAGAAGGAGGUUUCUACGGGCACAGUCCUUCGCUCUCCCAGGAACCACCUCUCUUCAAGACCUGGUGCUAACAAAGUGACCAGCACUAUAACCAUAACCCCGGUCACAACGUCAUCCACACGAGGAACCCAAUCAGUGUCAGGACAAGAUGGGUCAUCUCAGCGGCCUACACCCACCCGCAUCCCCAUGUCAAAAGAAAGCGUCAUCAUUCACCAGUUGCGAGUGAGCUCCAGAUGAGAUUACCAAGCACAGCCCACAGUCAUCGCUAAAGUCACCAUGCUACUGAUGUUGACUGGAAACACCUUAGGACCUCCAGUGAUCUUUUCUUCCUUCCUUCCUUCCUUCCUUCCUUCCUUCCUUCCUUUCCUUCCUUCCUUCCUUCCUUCCUUCCUUCCUUCCUUCCUUCCUUCCUUCCUUCCUUCCUCCUUCCUUCCUUUCCUUUCCUUCCUUCCUUCCUUCCUUCCUUCCUUCCUUCCUUCCUUUCUUUCUCUUUCUUGCUCUCUCUUUUUUUUUGAGGAUACAACUUAGCAGUUAAAAAAACAUAUUGUGGAUGGCAUGAACAUAUGUGGCAAACCCAGUUGAAUCUUUGUGCCCAGAGAAAGUUUUCUUCCCUUUACAAAGUUUUCAGGUCUGUGGGCAUAUGCUGUAUAAUUUAUUUGUAUAAUACUUUUUGUAAUGUGAUCCCCCCCAAAUUGUCUCCUUUCUCAUAGUCCCUGGCACAUGUAUCUGUAGACUGUACUGUCAAUUCUUUGAAGUAUUGCAUAUUCAAAAGAGGUUAACAUAUCGUUCUCCUUUAUUAAUUUGUUGUUUUUAAGAAAGAGAAAGCACAGCACUCGAUUUCCCUGGACAACGUUAAAAGGUAAAACCGAGGAACAGGAGAUCCUGGGAGUUCCACGGCUUGAACGGUGCUAUGGUUCUGAUCGCGGCCCAACACGGAAAACACUGUCCUGACUUAGGAGUUUAAGUACUUAAAACCAACAUGUAACUGUCUCCUUUGGUGUUCUGAGUGAGAAACAAACAGCUUUGACUGACAGUCAAUUUUAUUUCUAUCUGCAUUGUUUAACUCUGUGUACAAAACAUAAUAGUGACUUUGAUGUCCCUGUAUUUCCCACAUAUUAGUGCCCCCGUGAAAGCUUUCAAAUAAAAACCGACCUAAAUAAUGUCCACUUAAAAAAAAAGUAGGGAGACCCAAAGGUAUAUAAUCACUUCACUCCAAUUUUGAUAGGUUUUUCAAAACAACUUGUAGGUAGAAAAAACAACUACUACUACUCCUUUUUCCUUCCCCUCCUCCUCCUCUUCCUCCUCCUCCUCCCCCUUCCUCCCCCCACCCCCACCCCAGUCGUCAUCUUGGUACAGGCUCUUGCUAUGUAUCUCUAGCUAGCCUAAAACUGGUUUUGUAGACCAGGCUGGCCUUGAAGUCCCAGGGAUCCUGUCUGUGCCUCUCACAUGUGUUAAGACUAAAGGCAUGUGCCACCAAACCCAGCUAAAAUAUAUUUAUAUUUUAAAGAAUUAAAAGUCCACCAUUUGCUAUUCGCCUCAUUGUCAGAGCUGCUGUUGAAUUUAUGUAAAAAUAUGACGUCUACUUGGAACUCUAGUUUAAAAAAUCCCGUUGACGAGAGUGUAGUUCUUAUAAGAUCUUUAAACAUAACUAUAAGGAUAAGCGCUGACACUCGGUUUCUAAAUGAAGAAGUCAUUUACCUUGCUACUCUAGUGUGAUUAAAGAGCCAAGGCAUCUUCUGAAUGUUAAGAGGUAAGUCAAGUCACGAAAGCCAUGUGCUGGAGGCUCACCUCUGUCCACAAGCUGUACCCUUAUCAGCUGCAGAGGGGCGUUUACAGAGUCUCUGGAAUAGGAAGCACAAUGCUAAACCCUCAUGUAACCUAGAGGGUUUUUAAUAUAUUCUGUGGAACUGACAAAUCAUAUUCAAUACAUACCAUAAAUUAAAUAUUUUCUAAAAAAAAAUCUUGCAUUUGUUUAAAGUAAAAUAAAUGUCAUGUUAGACUUGCCCAAACUUUAAUGAUAGUGGAAGUCUCACAUAACCUUUGUGGUUUUGAUCACUGACACAGAAGUCUAGACUCUGUGUGUGUGUGUGUGUGUGUGUGUGUGUGUGUGUGUGUGUGUUAAGAUUUUUAAAAGGGUUAAGAUUUGCUUUCUCAAAAUGUUAAAAUAUAAUGAUUUUUCAAUCACAAAACAGCUUUUAUUUUAUUUAGUAUUUUUCUGCUGACUUAGGUGGUACAGUUACUGGAGCUUAAUUAUUUGCUUUAACUUACAAGACUGCUAAGCUGUGGAUACGGAUCUUCUGGGUUUCUUUCCCUCCUGAGUUGUAAAGAACUUUAGUAUUUGUCAAGACAGUGAAGAUUAUGUUGUAACCAGUCAUCUGGGUAGAUGCUGAUUUUCCUGCCUACCUCAUCACCAAUUUCUUGAGUGACAUAUAAGUAAAAGGAACACAUUAAAUUUGAAACAAGAGACUGUUGUGAAACAAGGCAAGAUCACAGUCACAUCUUAGCAACCUUGUUGCGUUGUAAAAGUUGCCAUCACAGGUAGUUCUGGCGCUAACCUGGAAACAUUGUGUAACCUUGAUUCUUUUACUGUAAAUACAUCUCCAUCAAUCUGGAUGAGACUAAUCUGUGGAUGGAAUUAUUUAGGUAUUUUCUGAACUGCAAUCAGCAUUUCUAGUUCAAGGCACAGUUGACCCAAUCCAUUGUUCUGUUUGAUCUGCAGUUGUUCCGUUUUGUUUUUAAGACAGGGUCUUCUUAUGUAGCUCUGGUUGUCCAAAACUCACAGAGAUCCUGUCUCUCUGUUUCCUGAGUGUUAGGAAAUAAAAAUGUGCAAUACAAUCCCCAGCCUCUACAUGUGUUUUCUGAGACAGGGUUUCACUAGCUAGCCCAGGCUGUCCUCAAACACAUUAUGUAGCUAAGGAUGGUUCACACCUAUGAUGUUCCUGCCCCAGUCACCCGAGUGUUAGAAUUACAAGCAUGAAUCACAGUAAUGACUACAUCUUUCCUCUUGAUAACUCUUUUUGCUUAUUUGAUCUUGGUUUCUGUGGUAUCAUCUGCCUUUCUUCAAGUGUUCAUAAAGUGUUGAGCUUGAUGAAGAGACUGGAUAGAGAGUAUCAGCAGGAUAUUCUUGCCCAGAUUGUACAUAAAACAAAUUCAUUGAGUCUUAAAACAACCUCUAAGAAAUCACGGUGUGGAAUAUCUAGUUUAAGCACUAACAACAACAUAGAUGCUGCUAAAAUAACUUGGAGCUUGUAAAACUCAGAGGUAAGGUGAGAGUAAAUGGUUUAGUAGGCAUGUGAUGGUUUUAUCCAAUACCACUGUUGAGAUUUUCUGGAAAACAGAAGAAAAAUAUGGUGGAAGUUGAAUAUGUUCAGGUAUUGUUUCAGCCAUACAUCUAAAAAUAGCAGAAGUACAAAAUGAAACUUAAAACUCAUGAGUUGGUGCCUGAGGCUCAGGCCAUCCUAUCUCUGCUGCUAGACCAAUACUAAAAAGACCAAGUAGAGGGCAAAGAGGAAGAAGAAUAAAAAUAACUGUAAGAAAUUAUAAAAGUUAGAAGUUUAUGACCAUUAGUACUUGUUUCUGAGUUUUCAGUAGUUAUUUCAUAACUAAUAACUGUGUUCUUUGUGGAAAAUGUAAUAGUUGCAUACAUUUUGGACAGGUAUGUUUAUGUAUGCCAUGGUGGGAUAAAAGCAUUUUCUGCUCUUUUGUUUGUUUGUGGCUCAUGUCAUUUGUGGGUAUGUCACCUUAUCAUCCAACAGAUUUUGUCACUUUACCAGUGAAAAUUUGAAUUUUUAAUCUAAUUUUUAAACAAAAGAGUACAAGGUAUUCAUUUAUCCAAAAUAUUAAAUGUAUAAUGUGAUAAGUCAGUCUUAGAAUUCUUCAAGGUUUUAGAGUUGUCAAAAGCAAGAAUAUAUUUUGGAAAGCUUUUAGAAAUACUCUAUUUUCCUAUCAUUCUGAAUUUGCCUCCCUUCAGCUUUAUUAAAUAUAUAAGUUUAUUAUUUUACACUGAAACCGCAUGGUUUUAUGUGCUUGUCUUUUAUACGAGUGUAAUGCCCUCUUUUCAGCUCUUUAUAAGUGAUUACAUUACAGUUAAGACAUUCUCUGUUACUUUUAAAAUCAAAUUAUUUAUGGAAAUCUCACCGGGGUAUGAAAAAAAUGACAAUGAAAUAUAAAAGGCUUGUGCAAUAUUCUUUUUACAUCUGAAUACAAUAUUCAUACAAUUAAAAAAUUAAAAUAAA